AUGGCAUCGUUCAUUCCUCGGACGGCGUUUGCGGCCUCCGAGAACAUCCAGAGAAGUUAUUUCCUGGGACAUCAUCGUGCUGGUCUUGACAAGAUGAAAGCGAUGCUUGACUCUGUUGACCAUGUGAUCGAGUGUAGAGAUUUCCGAGUUCCGGCAACUUCAAUAAAUCCUCUGUUCGAAGAGGCAUUGGGCGAAAAGAGUCGAACCAUCGUCUAUACGAAAAGAGAUCUUGGGGCCAAUUUGAAGCUAGAAUCACAGAUGAAAGAGAAACUUAUAUCCCGUUGGGAGAAGAAGCCUACAAAAGUAUUCUUCGCAAGCAGAAGCCUGAGGAACUCAGUUACCCCGUUAGCGAAAUAUAUCCAAGCUCUCCCGGUAGCUACCAACAGUAUAAUUGGAUACCGCAUGCUGGUGGUUGGGAUGCCGAAUGUGGGGAAGUCAACAUUGAUCAAUAAACUGCGAUCAAUGACCAACAUAAGAAAUGUCAGGAAAUCUGCAGUUGUCAGAACCGGUGCGGACCCAGGCAUCACAAGGAAGAUUGGGACACCUAUAAAAUUGUUUGAAAAAAAUGAUGUGGGCAUUUAUGUGUAUGACACCCCGGGUGUGUUUGUGCCAUACAUGUCUAAUCCGAACAGCAUGCUUAAAAUGGCACUUUGCGGAAUCAUAAAAGAUUCUCUAGUUCCUAUUAUUACUUUGGCUGACUAUCUUCUCUUUCAAAUGAACCGUCACUUAUUAAUGAAUAAGUACCAAAAUUAUUGCCCCCCAACCAACGAUAUCAUGGAACUACUGGGUGCGAUUUCGAGAAGAGCCGGCCGACUAGUGAAAGGGGGUGAGCCAGACUACGAAGCAGCUGCACGACUGUUCAUUACGCAGUGGCGGGAGGGAAAACUCGGCUUAUUCAUGCUCGAUGAUGUGGUAAAGAUCUCUCAGGAGAAGAAAAUAGACAGGCUAGUAGCCACGGGGUCGGCAGCUGGACUUUCCACCUAA